GAAGUAAAAUAAGAGAGAAAGAUGUGAUUGCCUUCAUGUUUCUGUCUUGAUAAUCAUGAAGAUUUCACUUGAUGAAUCACCUGUGAGAAAAGAAAGUGCUCUCAUAUCUCUUUUCAUAGCAUAGAGUCAUACAAGGAGUUUGCAAGAAGAUUUCAUCCUUUAUAGUGCUUCAACCAUACUCUAAUAUAAACACGGUGAAACCUCUCGUCUCAUCCUCAACCUUCUCCCAUCAAUCUUGAAUCGGUGACAACUUCGAUCAUGCCAUCAAGUAACUCCGAUGCUAUCAAUGCUGCGAUCGCGGCCGGAGUUGCUGCAGCUGCCACCACCCAAACUAACACACAAAACGCAGCUUUGCGAAUCAAUCCUUUGACGACCCGAAGAUAUCAACUGAGUGACUUUCUCGAGAAACUUACAGAAUUGACGCUCCAACUCUCCCUAAUGGAUCUGGAUCAAGGUCAAAAUUUAACUGAAGCUGGCCCACUUAUCACAUUCACCCCUCCAACUGUCCCUACCCCGGCAAUGCAAGCACGCUCAUCCGUCUAUGAACAUCCAUUCCAAAUACGUCAAUUCCAACCUCCAUUCGACGUCUCAAUCCAUUCAGUCAGCGGCCCCAUCUCACCCGAACGUGGGGGUACAAAAUGGACGCCUGCACGCGGCAACGCCCCACUUGACGAAAUAGCUGCCGCUGAGGACUGGGAAAAGCGAAAGCAAGUUCUCUAUCACUUUUACGCCUACAACUAUUUCGACACCCUUCCCGAUCUUCCUGCUCCGGAGACUGCACUUAGAAAUGCGUUUUCAGCUCGGCCCGGCCCGGAAUGCCAAGCACUUCCGCAUUCCAAGAAAUCCAGCUUGGAUCUGCUCAAUCUCACAGAUUCCGAUUUCAAUUUCCUGAAUCAUACUUCAGAGCGGAUGACCAAUAUUGCGCAUGAUACACACCACAGACUAGCUACGUACCUGAAGCAUAUGCGUAGCGAACUCCUUAAGCCCACUACAAAUCAAUCUGCCAAUCUCAUUCUCAAAUCUAAGAACCAUCGCGAGGCACUGUUAUUCAAGAUCUUCGAGUACAAUAAAGAUAGCCAUCCGCGCGCAAGAUUGAUGAUGCGCUUUUUGACGGAUUCGGAUGUGAAGUAUCUGAAUAGUUUGAAUACAUGGUUGAUGCCACAAAGAAACGAUGGACGAGUCGGAAUCACAGAGAGAGUUAUAUCUGGCGUUUUUGAUUUUGUGGAGGAGAGGACUGGCGAAAAUAGAUCUGAUAGCCAGCUCGAUGGGCAAGUUCGAGAGUGUUUGCGUUUGCAUGGACACUCGGAUAACCCUACACAUACUGUUUACCGUGGUCUCCCAGGUUCCGAGGGAAUUUAGGGGAUCGUUGAUGGAAAACUCACGAGGAGCAUGAAGUGCUGGCAAUGUACUGCGUUGAUUUUGGCCGGGAAUCUUAGUGAUUUGGUGCUUAACUAGAGGCAGCCAACUUACAAGUAAAAUCCAGAUUGGUCUCCACUGUCCAAAGUUGUCAAGCACAUCUUAGAAUACCCUGGCAAUUUGACGGAUAACACUAAACUGAAAAAUGUUAGGUGUACCACACGUUAUUGUAAAUCUGAAAAGGUAGUGCAUCAUCACAUCCGCACCGGCAGGAAGUGACUUGGAACUAGAAGUCUAAUCAAGAACAAGAAAGAAAGCCUA